AUGUCUUCUUCAAGUUCGUCGAGGUCACGAUCACCAAAGAAGAAUAAGAAAAGAGUAUAUGUUACAGGAUAUUCUCUUAAAGAGGAUUAACAUGACAUUAAAAAACUAUUCAAAAAAUUUGGAAAAAUCGAAGAAUUUGCUUGGAAAGGGAAAUAUUGUUUCAUUGAAUUCAAAGACUCUGAAGAUGCAGAAAAAGCUGUUAAAAAAAUGAAUAAGGAAGAAGUAAAAGGAUCAGUGUUAUAGGUCGAGAUGGCUCGUGGUAAUAAGCCGAGCAAAAAUAACGGCCUAUGCUAUUCAUGCGGUCGCUCUGGACAUUUGUAAGUUUCACUAUAGCAUCCAUUUCUUUAUAUAUAGAAUACGAUUUAUUUAUAUUUUACGCUAAAAACUGUAGACAUAGAUCAUCAUCUUCCAGUUCAUCUAGCUCUAGUAGUGAGUCUAGAAAAAAACACAAGAAGAAACAUAAAAAAAAGAAGAGCUCAUCCAGUUCGGAUUCCUCAUCAAGUAGUUCAUCAAGCAGAAAGAAAAAGAAUAAGAAGAAGAGUACAAAAAGGAAAUCAAAGUCCUCUUCAAGAGGCUCUUCAAAAGACUCAUAACAUUCAGAGUCUUCUGCCGGCUCCAUUAAUGACGAAAAAAAAGAAGAAAAAAACCCUAUUGAAGAAGAGAAUCAAGGGAAUCAAGGAGAUGGUAAGUAAUGAAGUACCCGUGAUGUUAUAAAUAAAUUUGGUGUCCAAUAAUAUUCUUAUUAUUAAUAAAUAUUAUCAAUAAUUAUUUUAAUUCAUUAAUUUACUUAAUUAAGUUGAAUUUAUUUCAUAAAACUAUUUCAUAAUAUUCCAAUACUGA